AUUAAGCCAAGGACUUUUCAGCUUCUCACGCUACCCUGCCAGCGAGGAGCUGGGAGCGAAAAAAUUACUGGGAGGGGACAGGACCAGGACAACUGCCCCAGACUGGCCAAAGGGAUACGAUAUGAUGCUGUGCUCAGCAAUAAAAGCUGAAGUGAAAGAAGAAGGAGGGGGACAUGCGGAGUGACGGCGUUUGUAUUCCCGAGACACUGUUACAUGUGAUGAGCCCUGCUUUCCUGGAAGUAUCUGAACACUGCCUGCUGAUGGGAAGUAGCAAGUGAAUUCCUUGUUUUCCUUUGCUUGUGUGUGCAGCUUUUGCUUUGCUUCGUGAACUGUCUUUACCUCAACCAACGAGUUCUCACACUUUUACCUUUCUGAUUCUCUCCUCCAUCCCGUCUGGGAAAAGUGAGCAAGCAGCUGUGCGAUAUCUAGCUGUCUGCCAGAAUUAAACCACAACAUGUUAGAUGUGUAAUGAAGAUCUUGGAACAAGUGGAUGUAUGUUCUUGCUGAAGAUGCCUCUUCCAAGCCAGCGUCAUUCUCUUAUUACUAACCCUCCUCCACCAGAAUACAUAAACAGCAAAAAUAAUGGGUGUCAAACAAACCAACUUCAGUACUUACAGAGAGUGGUCAUGAGAGCCAUGUGGCGACACAACUUUUCCUGGCCAUUUCAUCAACCUGUAGAUGCAGCAGCACUGAAUCUUCCUGAUUACUACAGUAUUAUAAAGAAACCUAUGGACCUGAGCACAAUUAAAAAGCGUCUGGAACAUAAUUACUACACAAAAGCUGCAGAAUGCAUUGACGACUUCAAAACUAUGUUCCUGAACUGCUACAUAUAUAACAAGCCAGGUGAUGACAUUGUGUUUAUGGCCCAAGAACUAGAAAAAGUGUUCAUGCAGAAAAUAGCACAAAUGCCACCAGAAGAAAUACUGAUUCCUGACAAAGGAAAAAGAAAAGAAAAGCUGUCAGAAGAACCUCAGCAGCCAAAUAGUGGGACUUCAUCUAAACAGAGGACAAGGCAGAAACAAGCUGAAAGUGGUGAGCAGCCUACAGCAAUAACUGAAGAGCUACAGAAGGCUACACUACCUCCUUUGUCUGCAGCUCAGCUGACUGCUUUAAUGCCAGCUGCCAUUCCUAUAACAAAAACAAAAAAAGGUGUGAAAAGGAAGGCCGACACUACAACUCCUACUACUUCAGUACUCACAACAAGCAGUGAAUCUUCUGCAACAUGUAAUGAAAGAAAAACCGUUAAAACAUGCAAAGGUGAAAAUGAAUGUAUGAUACCAAAGAAGAUUCUGAAGAAGGGCUUACCAGAUUCUCAGCAAUCACCUAAAGUUCUUAAAAAGAUUCAGUUGUCAAAACAACUAAAAUAUUGUAAUGAAAUUCUUAAAGAAAUGUUCUCAAAGAAGCAUUCAGCAUAUGCAUGGCCUUUCUUAAAAUCUGCAGAUGUUGUAUCCUUUUCGCUUGGUGAGAAAAAAGGGAUCACCAAAUGUCCUGCAGAUUUGGGAACCAUUAAAAAAAAAAUGGAUAAUUUUGAAUAUAGAGAUAUACAAGAAUUUGCCACAGAUGUUAGAUUAAUGUUCAUGAAUUGCUACAAACAUAAUUCUCCAGACCAUGAAGUGGUGGCCAUGGCAAAAAAACUUCAGGAUGUUUUUGAGACUCACUUUGCCAAAAUUCCUGAUGAACCAGCUACAAGUGUUCUUCUGCCACAGCACACAAGAGAAAUUACAAAAGCUUAUUCCAGUGACAGCAGCAGUGAUGACUCUUCAGAAGAAAAAUCAUCUGAAGACUUUGAAAAGAAGAGAACAGUGUACCUUGCAAAACUUCAGGAGCAGCUUAAAGCUGUUCACCAGCAGUUGCAGGCUUUGACCAGAGCAUCCUUACCUAUUGAAAAAGAAAAAGAGAAGGCUAAAAGAGAAAAGGGGAAGAACAAGGAAAAAGCUAAAGCAAGCCUGAUUCAAAAGAAGAAAGAUCUAAAACACAAGAAUUCUAAGAAAAAGCAGUCUUCAAACAUUCAAUCAAAGAAAACCAUCCGGCAGGUCCUGUUGGCACAUAAGUCAGAAGAUGAUGAUGGUGCCAAGCCUAUGACUUAUGAUGAGAAAAGGCAGUUGAGUUUGAACAUAAAUAAGCUGCCUGGAGAUAAGCUUGGGAAAGUAGUCCAUAUAAUACAAUCAAGAGAACCAUCACUGAGGAAUUCUAGCCCUGAUGAGAUAGAAAUAGACUUUGAAACUUUAAAGGCUUCAACACUCAGAGAAUUAGAGAAAUAUGUGGCAACCUGUUUGAGGAAGAGACCAAGAAAGCAGCAUGCCAAAAAAACAAUGAAGUCAAAACAGCAGCUUCUUUCUGAGAGGAAACAAGAACUGGAGAAGAGACUACUGCAUGUCAAUGGUCAGCUAAAUCCAAAGAAAGAGAACUUCAAAUUUGAAAGUAAUGCUGAGUCCAGUAUUAGACCAAGCCGACUGAGUGAAAGCAGCAACAGCAGCACCUCCUCAGGCAGCAGCACUAGCAGUGCUUCCAGCUCCUCAGACAGCAGUGACUCCGAAUCGGUUACAGAAACAUGCUCAGAACAGAAUGGAAUGAGGCAAAACUGCCUAACUUCUUUGGAACAACCUAAGAGAACAUCACCGUGCAUACAGAGGAUGUCCUACAAUGCUGUUCUGCAAGUACAGCCCUCAUCUGUUGCUAGUAGCUUGCAAAACCAUGGAUCACCUGAACCACAGCUGUUGUCUCCCAUUGUGCUACAGAAGCUUAAGUCUUUACAGAGUAGAUCUCUUAAAUCAGCAGAACAAAAUGCUAAGUCUCCCUCAGGUAUGCUUGCAGGUGUAUGUGCUUUGCAUGAUACUUCAGUCAAGCAAAUGCCUCAGACUGCUCCAAGGACAGAUCAGCCUUUUGAUACCCAGUGUACACAGGCUGUUCCAGAGGUACCCAAUACAACUUCCCCUGUUGACAAUGGUGAUGGGACUAAAGCUGAAAAAAUGUUAGUUAAUCUAGAUGAAGUUCAAAGCAAGGCCUGUGAGAGAACUGCUGAUUCAAUAUCUAUUAGCCAAGAGCAGAGUAUGUACUGUCAUAAUCAGAACUAAUUGAUUUAAAGACUAGAAAGUUAAAUGUCUACGAAUCUGUCUUGAAGAAAUAAAAUGUUGAACACUUCUGCAUGAAUCAGUUGACAAAAAACU